ACAACUACUACGGUACUCCAAAGCCUCCAGCAGAGCCAACCCCAUUAUUGUUAAAUGUAACAGACCAGUUACUCCCCGGUGCAACACCCAGUGCUGAAGGCAAACGCAAAAGAAACAAGUCGGUGAGCAAUAUGGAGAAGACUGGAAUAGAGCCCCCAGAGGAAGAGGAGGAAGAAAGAGCUGUCGUCAAUGGAAACGACAUGGUAAUAACACCAGGUCAGUGCUUUUCCUCUUACUAUGUCCCACGUGGAUUUCAGCUCCUUGCCAUUGUAGCUAAAGGCAAAAGAGCAGUGACGUUACAGCAAGCAGCAUGGCGUGAAAUUUAUGAUAGCUAAACUGAGCCACCCAGUGCUGCUCAGAGGACCAGGCCAGGCAUUUUUUUUAAAUGGGAGAUUUAGAACAGGCAACAACAGUGGGGCCCACUGGCAAUGCUGGAUUUAGGGUGCUGUGGGUGGUUCCCCACCCCACAGGGCACCGAGUUGAGGGGACACAUGAUGAUGAUGAUAAUGAUGAUACAACCUAAAUUUAUACAAGAACCUAUCUACUCAAAGUUAGGGGGCGCCAAAUUUUGUCCUCGCUUAAGGUGCCAUAUUAUCAAAGUCUGCCCUUGGCGGAUGCCAGGUGCUGAAACUUGGAUAUGACCCCAGAAUCCAUUAUUUCAUUGACUCAAAGUCAGGGCUUGCAAUUACAGACACUGCUGCUUUGCCCUGCUUCUGUCUUGAACUGUGUCUGGAGAUCAUGUUGUUUAAAGUGCAGGUGUGGUCUAUCCCAGCUGCCUACUUCUCUGAUAGUUUCUAGCCAUCAAGAAUCUUUUCUGGCCCAUACUUGCAUUGUGCUCGGAAGAAUUCAAGUCAUUUCUGUAUUGGUUUACCUCAUACUUGAGGGAGGUCAAGAAGGUUAUCGAAUUGGGUCUCUCAAUCUGCCUUUUAAUCACAAAAUUGUUUUUAAUGUAAGAAAUUAAUUGAACAGUUCAAAAGUGUGCAUCACAUAAAAGAUUCUGAAAACUCUUAAGUUUUCAUGUGUAGGAAAUAGGUGUUUCAUUUGUCUUACGUAGAAACAGAAUAUAUGUGAUUUAGAACCUAAUAAUCCUAUUGAAAAAAGAAGUUUCAAUAAAAAGAGUGAAAUAUUAUUUCCCGAAGCAUAGAUUGAAGGAUAAAUCAUUGCAUUAAAAGCUUCUGAAUAUACAGCACAUAAAAAACAAUAAAUCCAGCACCUAAUCUUUAAGAACUGUAAAAAUUAUAUACACAUGGCUUUUUUAAUACAGGACUUCCUUUUUUCCAUUUGAGGAAAAUAGCACAUUCAAUUUGAAUGAUUCCCCCCACCUCCAUAAAGUAUCAUUUGUUUAUUUAUUUCCAUCUAUAAAUGGCUUGCUGUAAAAUAUCAUGAAGUGAUUUAACAAUAAAGACAUCAACAAUAAAACAAAUUCAUAUAUUAAAACAAUUUGAUAUAUAAAAAUGAUUUCCAGUCUCAUACAGAGAUGCAUACAAAACGUGACCGAUACAAGUAUACAGUGGUGUACAUACAAGCCAUUGCCAUGCAUAAGGGGGAAGCCACGAGACACCCUGUUCCUUUCUUGGCCACCAAAUUUCCACUAAAGAAGGCAAAAGUGAAGAAUUCUGCAGGAAGCACAAAAAGAUAAGGGUAACAGAACUGAAAUUCAUUUAAGGUGUUUUUUUGUGUACACCUCCUACCAGGAAUCAAUAGAAAACAUUAAUUCAGUUUGUUAGUUGAGCUGUGCUGCUCUUUAUUAUGCAGUGGAUAAAGCUGACUAAAACCAAGGUAUAAAGUUGCUACUGGAUUUCACCUGAAACAAGUUUUCUUUUUUUAAGGUUUCUGCUUAGAUGUUCCCAAGCAGUUUUGUGGGAAAGGAAAGGAAUUCUGAUAAGGCCAUAGAGAUUUGGGGAGGAGGAAUCACAAAUCAUGAAGGCGCCAUGCACUUGCAUGGGGCUAUGCCUUGUUGGAUAGUGUGGGGACUGUUUCUCAGUGAGCCUCCUUAGGUUUGUGGCGCACGGCAAUUUGUCAGCCAGGGGACUGCCUUCAUUUACGUUGUGUGCUUUGACUCGCUUGUUGAGUCAUUGGAAGCCAUUACGGUGGUAUCUCAGUUUAAGAACAGCCCUGUUUACAAACUAUUUGGUUUACGAACUCCGCAAAACCGGAAGUAGUGUCCCGGUUUGCGAACUUUACCUCAGUCUAAGGACAGAAUCCGAACGGUGGAAGGGCACCGGCGGUGGGAGGCCUCAUUAGGGAAAGCGCGCCUCGGUUUAAGAACAGUUUCAGUUUAAGAACGGACUUCCAGAACGGAUUAAGUUCGUAAACCAAGGUACCACUGUAUUUGCUUUAUUCUUAACUAUGGUGUUUUUCACAUCCAAGCAUAUAUAUUUUUUUGCUUUUAAUUUUAUAUUGUUAUGCAAUAACUAUUACAUUGCUUACCCUAAGUUAUGACAUUUACUUUGAUGGCACUCACUCUUUGAUAGUGUGUGUUGUUCUCUCAGGUGGUCGUCCCUUAAGGGAGACAAGAGAGGCCAGAUGGUUCAUUUCCAAGGUUGUAAUUCCAAUGUCAUGCCAUUGUUUAAAAUGCUUUAAAUACUCAAAUGGAUCUUCAAGAGGAAUGCAAAGUGGGAGCAGAGAGACAAUUUUCAUACCUCUUUUUUACACAACUAGAAAGAUCUCUCUCCUAAUUGCGAGACCUAUUUCCAAGGAAUUCAACUUGCUUUCUUUUGCCCUUCUGUGCAGUAUUUUGAACGCCAGCUGAGCAUCCUCUGUUCCCUGCAGUUCUUAGCUGCAGUCAUGCUUUCUGUUGCCUACUGUGGGGAAAAUGUCAGGUUCGUGGGGUUGCUGUCAGCUUUUAGCUAGCAGUUUGACUGAUGAGAUGAGAAACAAAAUGGAAGUCACUUCCCCAUCUCCCAACUCAAAAGUGUGCAAGGAGGAGAAAGCAGCAAGUAUGUUACUCACUGUAGGGAAACAGAGGAUUUUCUGGAAGACUUGCAAAAGCACAUUUAUGUAAUUUUAUCUACACAUACAACCCUUAUUUCUGUAGCAAUGAAGAGGAAGAUGGUUUUCCUAAACAGCUAAUAUUUGCAUUAAGAUAUACAGAGCAAUUCUGAUGCAUUUUCUCCUCCUUUUAAGCUUGUGCCUCCGUCCCCUGCGAUGUCCAAGUGACUAAGCCUGCAGUGAUUAGGCACACUUAUAUGGAAGCCAGAGCAAAACUCAAACAUUACAAAUAAAAGGAGGCUGCUUCAGAAAAUGGUAUCUCUCUACCAAGUCUCCUCCCACUACUCUGUAACAUGUAUAGGCACACUUCAUUUUAUUCCGCUUUGCUCCAUUGCGCUUCACAGAUAUUGCUCCUUUCGAGGUUGUGGGUGCUGCAGAGGAGUUUGGAUUUGAUAUCCCGCUUUAUCACUACCCGAAGGAGUCUCAAAGCAGCUAACAUUCUCCUUUCCCUUCCUCCCCCACAACAAACACUCUGUGAGGUGAGUGGGGCUGAGAGACUUCAGAGAAGUGUGACUGGCCCAAGGUCACCCAGCAGCUGCAUGUGGAGGAGCGGAGACACGAACCCGGUUCCCCAGAUUACGAGACUACUGCUCUUAACCACUACACCACACUGGCUCUCAGCAGCAGGCAGCCUGGCUGCGUCCAGGGAAAAGAAGCCCCUGUUGCCACCACCCCUCUUCUGGCCACCACAGUGGAGUUGGCUAAGGCUGGAGUCGGGUUUCCCCCCUCCCGUUCCUGCAGCCAGGAUGUAUAAGAAGUGCUUUGAUAAUUUAUAUGAAGCGCUAUAUUAAUGCAUAGGUGUUGUUCUUGUUCUUGUUAUUAUAGAUGAUAGACAAUUCAAAGGAUGGAUAAUUUUAUAAAACAUUGGACAACUAAAUUGUGAACCAGCAGUGUGAAAAGCAUGAGGACUAGCAUCUUGUUGGGGUGUUUUUAUAUCUUGUUGGGGUGUAUGUUAGUCUAGGAAGUCAUCAGCUACUGACUUUCUCUCAUGGGGAAAAAAAACUAUCAUGGGAAGACCAGAUUUGCACUAUUUUUAUACUCCAGGCUUGAAGUAUUUUAAUUUUUGAAAGUAGGUCACCUAAAGAUGUAAGAACGUUGCCUCUGGUUACAGGAAGGAAGCUGGAUUAAUUUAGAAUCUCAUUUUAUAUCAUGGGAAACUUGACCUAUGUUUAAUAUAUUGACUUAAGUUAUCCAGUUGUUGGAUUUUAGAUAGAUAAAUGAUAGAUAGAUAGAUAGAUAGAUAGAUGAUAGAUAGAUAGAUAGAUAGAUAGAUAGAUAGAUAGAUAGAUAGAUAGAUGAUAGAUAGAUAGAUAUAGAUUAAAGAUAUAGAUUAUAGAUCUAGGUCUAGAUAUAUAUGUGUAUACUUAAAAGGUUUGAUUAAAUGAACCCAGGCAAUAGAAUGAAGUUUUUGUGAAACCAAAAAAUAUCAACUCCUCCCCUGUUUCCGUUAGUUAAACUAUGGAUUGUCUCCAUCAGAUCACAUAGCUUUAGGGAGGUAGGGAGUUGGAGGAAAAGCUACCUUCACUUCAUAAUUGCUGCUGACCAGGCAAAUAUCCAAAGGAAAUCCCUCAGGACUUCAGGAGAAUUAUCAUGUGUAGCAGUAAACAUUUAGCACCACCCCAAAGUGGAUUUUAAUCAGAUAAAAAAGCUUGUGAACUCAUAUUCCUCUCCUGGGGAUUCUCUUCCUUUGGAACCAGAAGAAAAUGGAGGAGUACCAUCUUUUUCUAAAUCCUGUGCAAUUUAAUUAGUCAUUGGAAAUGACUUGUCCUUCCUAAAAUAUGCAGCAAUGGAUCUGAUUGCUGCAUGAGAAUUUGAUGUUGGUGUUUAAUUCUAGUGACUGUUUCGUAAUUGUUUUGUAAUCGUUACUGUGAUCCUGGUUUUUAUACUGUUGUUUUGAUUUAUGAAUUGGUUGAACUGUAGAUUCAGUUGUGGAUCUUUGAGUGUUUGCCACCUUGAAUUUCAUUGGGAAAAUCUGUGGAAUAUCAGUUUUUGAAAUAAAAUAAAUAUGCACCUAGGCAUUUUUUGUCUUUAGACUUUAAGUUCCAUAUUCCAUAUGUGAAUUCUACCCUUACCAUGGAUAGCUGACAGGAUCCUUCCCACAAUGAAGUGGCUCAGCAGAAUCAGAACUUCCAAUUCACUGUGUUCUUAAUCCUCAUGCACCAAAAUUUGGUGGGACUUAACUAGGGUUGGUCCACAGUCUAUGAGGCAGCUGUCUAAUCGUAUCUCACACAUGUUCCAUUGCACAGACCCAGGCCAUGGUUAUUUUCUUGAGGUUUGGACAAGUGAUACUCCAAACUAGUGGGACCGUGGCCCACAGAGAGCGCACAUGAAAUUAAAAUGUACAGCCCACUGCCCCUGUUUUAUAUUUCUUCCUGCUUCAGCCUAGUUUUAAUAUUUUCACAGGGAAAACUUCAGGUGGUUUUUUUUGUUGUGGUUUUUUAUUGUAUUACUACGAUUGAUACUUCAAUAGCACAGGAAUCUUGAUACGCAUGUCUUCUUCUCUUGUGCAGAAUCAAGUGAGCAUGAAGAGAAGAGUACAGGUGCCUCAGGUGAAACUUCCUCACAGCCUUAUCCUGCACCAGUAUAUAGCCAACCUGAAGAGGUAAAAGAGGAUAUGGAUGUAACAAAGCAACCCAAACCAGAAGAAAAUGAUGAAUUGGGCCCAUUGCCUGACAAUUGGGAGAUGGCUUACACAGAGAAGGGAGAAGUCUACUUCAUUGA